AUGCGCAACACUGCUACUCGAGUCGCAUUCGCGGCGGUGUUUCUCGCAUCGCUUGCGACUGCGCUUGCACAUGGAGACGAUGAGUCGAUGAAUAUGGACAUGGAUAUGAAUAUGGACAUGGGCAUGAAUAUGAACACGCAAGCGAGUACCACUACAACGGCCACAGCGACUCCAUCAGCUACAGGGCAGGGUAAUGCCGUUAUGAGCUACUUUGCCUAUGGGAAACACUCCAGUUCCAUCAUUGCGCAUGUUGCUCUUAUGGUUCUGGGCUGGUGCUUCGUCCUCCCGGCAGCUGUCAUGCUCAGCAUUGCGCGCUCACGCCUGGCCCUUCCUUCACAAUUCCUAUUCCUGGUUUUCAAUGCCGCCGGACUGCUUCUCGGCAUCGUCUAUAACAGCCAGACCCCCGAUCUGUACAAGAACAAUGCGCACCACAAAAUUGGCUGGAUUGCCACUUGGGUGUUCAGUGCCCAGGUCAUCCUCGCCCUCAUUUUCGCAUACGCUGGACGUGGUGAAUCCAAGUCAUCCUCGGCUUCAUACGAGCGCGAGUCUUUCCUGCCCCUUCCAACGGAGCAGAUCCACUCAUAUCCGUCUGCUCCGAUGCAUGAAUACCGCUGGUCUGCAGAUAGUGGCCAAGGGACGGAGCCCAGUUCUUCUUGCCACUCUCCAUGCGAAUCUCCGACGGAUGAUGGUUUCGAAAAGCCAGAGGAUCCCCUGCCUGCGGAACUUCCCACGCGGAGCUGGUUCCACAGUAGCUUCGUGGACCGUUUCUUGUCCAACCGCCUGCCGGGAUUGGUCUCCAGUCGAGUACUCCGGAUCUUCAGUGCGGUAUACAACGUGGUCGAUCGGAUCAUCCUACCGUUCGGGUUUGUAGCCAUUGCGACGGGUGCGGUCACCUACGGUGGUAUCAUGAGACGCAAGGAAAUUUUCAAUGGCCUGGCCCACUUCAUCAAGGGUGGUAUCUUCUUCUGGUACGGAAUUCUCACCUUGGGACGCUAUAUGGGUUGCUGGGCCGAUUUGGGCUGGGCUUGGAAUAAGAAACCGGGAGCGCCCAUUGUGAGUAGAUGGAAGGCCAAGGUCCCAUCAGCAGAGUUUGUCGAGUCUCUUGUUAUCUUCGUCUACGGUGUCUCCAAUGUUUUCUUGGAGCAUCUAUCCAGUUGGGGUAAGGCCUGGGGCCCGGCGGAUCUAGAGCACGUUUCGAUCUCGAUCAUGUUCUUUGGAGGUGGCCUGCUUGGCAUGCUCUUCGAAUCCAAGCGCAUUCGCGAAGCGCUUAACAUUACCAUCAUUCGGUCCCCUGCUCAUGGUACUCGCGACGAAGCGUGGCAGCUUCCUCGCUCGCAAGGGGUGUCUCUCAACCCGAUGCCGGCCCUCAUUAUUCUGCUGCUAGGGAUGAUGAUGGGAUCGCAUCACCAGACUAGCAUGACCUCAACCAUGGUUCAUAAGCAAUGGGGUAACAUGCUCGUCGGUUUCGCUUUGGCUCGUGGUAUGACUUAUGUGCUCCUAUUCAUGCGCCCACCUACUUCCUAUCUACCUGCACGUCCACCUACGGAGAUCGUUGCUUCAUUCUGUUUGAUGGCUGGAGGUCUUAUUUUCAUGCUCAGUACACGGAACGUGAUCGAAAGUAUGGAAUUCUACGAAAUGGAUGCGAUGUUCACCUUCACAGUGGGCAUGGGAUUCACCGCCUUUAUCAUGGCUCUUGAGGUUUUGUUCAUCGCGCUCAAGGCGUGGGCUACGAAGCGGGAGCAGCGCUCUCAGGUCACGUAUCGCUUCCCGUGA